AUGGAUGAUCGGACUCGGUUCAAGGAGCUACCAAUCGUGCCCAGGGGAAUUUUCUGGCAGGAUGAUUUCAUUGACUCCGAGCACGAACAGCGCCUGAUCUCGAUCUUUCUCAAUGAACUCAAAUGGCCCGACCGCCCUGGCCGCACAUCUCUUCAUUUCGGUUACACGUUCGACUACAAAACAUUCGGCAUCGACCCGGAAAUCCCCUAUAAGGAAUUCCCAGACUGGCUCAAGCCACUUAUUCCGACUACCGAGAACCGGCCGCCAGAUCAAGUCUGCUUGCAGUAUUACCCUCCGGGAGCUGGUAUCCCGCCGCACGUGGAUGCCCACGAGCCGUAUGACCAACUGUACGCAUUGUCGCUAGGCGCACCGGCGAUCAUGCAAUUCCGCCGAGGAGAAGAGCGAGUGGACGUUGACUUGGCUCCUCGAAGCAUGAUGCAAAUGGCUGGUGACUCGAGGCUACACUGGACACAUGGAAUCAAGAAGCGCAAGAACGACACUCUUACUGAUGGAACGCAAAGACCGCGCGCUAAUCGGUGGAGCAUUACAUACCGUUGGCUUAGAAAUGGGGAAUGUAAUUGUGGAAACCUUCAACAUUGCGAUACGGCACAGCGACGGAAUGGCAUCGAAAAGGAGAAGAGGUCCUUGAAAGAGCUAGCUGCAAAGGCAGAUGCUAAUGUCAACCUCUUAUCAACUUGA